UAACUUAAAACCCGAAAACCAUUUCUCUUUCUUCAAUAAGUUUUCCCCCAAAAUAAAGAGAGAGGAAAUUUUUUGCUAAUUUUCUUCAAUUUUUUCUUCUCCAAUGGGGCAGCAGCAAUCCAAAGGCGAGCUUCUGUAUCAGCAAGUUAAUUAUGGAAAUGUUGAAGGUAUCAAAUCUCUCCACCGUGAAGGCGCUGGACUUGAGUGGAUAGAUAAGGAAGGGAAGACACCGUUGAUUGUGGCGUGCAUGAAUCCAGGGCUUUACAAUGUUGCAAAAGCUUUGAUAGAAUUGGGUGCCAACGUCGAUGCUUACCGUCCAGGUCGUCAUGCGGGGACUCCUCUACAUCAUGCAGCAAAAAGAGGCCUUGAGCAGACGGUUAAGUUACUCCUUUCACAUAGAGCUAAUGCAUUGAUAAUGAAUGAUGACUGCCAAACUCCCCUUGAUGUUGCCAGAAUUAAAGGUUUCAGCAAUGUUGUUCGUGCAAUUGAGAGCCAUAUUUGCUUAUUUUCUGGUUGGCUACGGGAACUUUACGGGCCUGGAUUCCUUGAACUAUUGGCACCACAGUUGCUUAGUCGGAAAGUCUGGGUGGUCGUCUUACCAUGCGGUUCCCGUAACCUCAGAAAGCCUUUCAGGUUGGAGCUUGCUAUAUAUUCAGCUGUCCAGGAUGCUCAGCCGCGCACAAUAGUUGCUCUAUGGAAGGCCAAUAUGGAAGAACCAAAUUUCAGCCAGCCUGAUUCAGCAGUUAUCAUAUCCGAUAUUUCAAACAUCCCGAAGCGCUGGAGGCGAAAGCGAGGGAUAAUGCCCUCCCAAUUGAUAAAGAGUAGACUCCAAGGAGCUAGGCGAGCAAGGAUCAAACUUACAGCAGUCCAGGAAAGCGAAAAGCAGCAAUUGCAAUCUUUCUGCAAUGCAUGCAAGGGCAUACCUCAGGUCAUGCUUCCAGCAUUUCCUUUCAGUUCUCAAACCCCUGUGGUCCCUGCAACUGCUCCAUCAACCACAGAGGAUGUGGAAUUAGCAAUGGCGAUUAAUGCCUCUCUUCAGUCUGCUUCACAACAAAGACCAACCUAUCACGAGAAUCACCCAGGAUCAGGAACAGAAACAUCAAUGGUUUGGAUUAACCCUGUUGAGGUUGCCAGUCAUGAUGGUAGUUCUUUUACAGGGGCUUCACAGAAAGCUAGUAGUAGUGGCUGUCAAGUUGAGGACGCCAGUUCAAGUGGCACUCAAGUAGAGCAAGUCCAGGUUCCGAGUGAAACGUCUACUGUAGUCCAAUCAAUGCCAGAGAAUCUAGUUACCGCAUCUGUCCCAACAGCUCCUCCUCUUACAAAUGACGUAAUAGACAAUGGGCCAAUUCAUUAUCCAUCAAUCGACUUCAGUCCAAUUGACUUGUCUUCUGUGACUGUUCAGAACUCUGGAAUACACGUAAGCAAAAAUCCUGAUGGUGCUUCUUCAUCUUGUGUAAUAUGCUUAGAUGCUCCUGUGGAAGGAGCUUGCAUCCCUUGUGGCCAUAUGGCUGGAUGCAUGUCUUGUUUGAAUGAAAUCAAGGGAAAGAAGUGGGGAUGCCCUGUCUGUCGUGCCACUAUAGAUCAGGUGAUAAGGCUAUAUGCUGUUUAACAGUUGAAGCAGCAAAUGAUUGAAGCAGUAAACGUAAGCAAUUCGGGAACCUCAUGUCCUCUUAUUUGCUUGUUUUACUAGAUAUAAUAACAAAGUAAAUAUGUUGAAUAAUGUCAUUCUCUCCCAGUAACAUUUCUACUCGCUUUCUGAAA